AAUUUUAGCAUAUUGGCAGGUAAGAUUAUGGUUUGAUCACCAUAUCUUCCUAAUAGCUUAACGACAAGGUGGUGAAGGUAAUCUGUCUCUAUCACUCUAUGACUAACUACUACGAUUACAAUAGAGAAGCAAAUAGCCAGCCAAAAACUCAAAUUAGAACAAAAUCUUUCAGCCUAAGAAUUUCCUAUUGAUCAAAAUCAUUUUGGAUCAAACCUUAUGUAAGAUGUAAACUUAAGAAAAAUUCAUCACUUUAAAAUCAUAACAAAAAAAAAUAAAAUAAAUGAGUAGCAUCAAAGUGAAGAAAUCAACCAUGGUGUGCCCUGCUAAGGUGACUCCAAAAGGCAGUCUUUGGCUCUCAAAGAUCGACAUGAUAAUACGCACACCUUACUCACACACUAAUGUUCUCUUAUUCUAUCCUCCCAACAAUAAUAAACCUUUUGAUCCCAACAUUUUCAAGGAGGCUCUUAGUAAAGCUCUAGUGCCAUUCUACCCAAUGGCAGGGAGGUUAAAAUUUAACCAUGAAAACGGAAGGUACGAGAUCGAUUGCAAUGCUAAGGGGGCCUUAUUUAUCGAUUGCAAUGCAACCCGCCUCAAGUUAAGUUUCGGCACCUCGAGUAUGAGCCAUCCUUACCAACAACCCAGUGUACCAUUUAUAUCUCAGCAAGUUAACACCUUAAAAUUACAAGUAAAAUCUCAGCAAGAAGUAACAAAUUACAAGCUAAGUACAUUUGAGGUUCAAGCAGGGCAUGUGUGGCGCAGUGUAUGCAUGGCGCGUGGAUUAGCAAAUGAUCAAGACGUGAAACUUUACAUCGUAGUAAACGGACGGUCAAGAAUGAAAGAAAUGGGACUACCAAAAGGUUAUUGUGGUAAUAUCCAUUUAUAUGCAACAUGUUUAGAAAAGGCAGGAGAUAUCAAGUGCAAACCAUUAAGGUACACCGCGUGUAAAAUUCAUGAGGGUCACAAACCAUUAAGGGUCAAGAAUGAAAGAAAUGGGACUACCAAAAAAUUUGAUGACAUUGAAUAUAUAAAAUCAGCCAUUGAUUAUUUGAAUCACGUCCUAAUUUUUGCAAUAAACUCUUGGGCUAGUUUGCCUUUAUAUGAAGGUGACUUUGGAUGGGGUGGACCCACAUUUACGCGUAUUAAUGCAAUCAAGUAUGAAGGCAAAUCUUACAUUACACCAAGCUCAAAUAGGGAUGGUAGUUUUUCAGUCACCCUCAAGCUUUUCUCUACUCAUAAGGAGGCUUUUAAGGAGUACUUCUACAACAUUAUUAGUAGCAAAUAUUGACCAUUCUUGGAAUAACACCUUUUAUGGAUGUAGGUUCAUCCAAAAGUUUUUUUUUUUUUUUCAGAGCCACAAAGGUGGGGGGUGAGAAUCGAUCCCAGCCAGAAUCUCCUAAAAUUGAAAGAGAAGCUCUAACGACUUGAGCUAUUCCUCACACUUGUGUGUGUGUGUGGGGGCUCAUUUUAAGAUUUUAAAGUGACCAAGUAAUAUAAAGUGAGUAAAAUAUAUAUGUGAUGGGUACACUUUACAAACGUGUGUCACACUUGUGUGUGUGUGGGGGGCUCAUUUUAAGAUUUUAAAGUGACCAAGUAAUAUAAAGUGAGUAAAAUAUAUAUGUGAUGGGUGCACUUUACAAACGUGUGUAAGUAAAUUUUUAUUCUUGGAAGGCUCUUGUAUGAUUUCUUUUAUAUAUGCACAAGUUAAAUGGUGUUAAAUCUUGUUUAUUGAAACAUCAAUCAAAGUUGUGUAUUCCAUUUCAAGUUGUUCGGGUUAUGCUUACAAGUUUUUUUU